GUUAUGGUAUUUCUCCCAUUUCCCCUUUUGCACUCGCACUCGCUCUCUCCCCGACCACACGCUCUCUCCCGGCCAACACUCUCUCCCGACGACCACUCGCUCCUCCCCGUCCAGAUCCUUUGUGCCGCCGGCCAGUCACCACCCUCUCCCUCUCGUCGGUGUCUUCCUCACUGCCGCCUUGCUCCUCGCCACCCCUAAAACUAGCAACCCGUCUCCCCCUCGUCGGUCAAAGGUGAAAUUUUUACCAGCCGGGGUGCUCGAUCUGUGGGCGGCGGUGCUCGAUCCGUGUUGGAGCAGCGGGAGGAGGAGGGCAGUUUUGGAUUGGAGCAGUGGUGCUGGACCAGAGCAGUGGGAAUAGGGGGGUGGUGCCGGCCGCUCUUACUUUGUGUAGUCCUCUUCGCUCUCGUCAUGCCGUUGCCACCGCCGAGGAAGACGGAGAGCCUGUCGGAGGGAGGAGCGCCAUGGCCAGUUCUGACCUCCUCUGUCCAGAUCCAGCUCCAGCAAUCAUCCCCUCUUGCUGCUUGCUCUCUCAAUUUCAAGACUGAAGAAGAGAACAUGGGGAGCAGCAGCUGCCCUCUGCUCUGCUCUUAUGCGAAUGCUCUACUGCAGGACCAUGGCAGCGAUGCUCGCCGAAGCGGACGACAACCACUCCCGUGCAAACAAAGGUACAGACUGGUCCUGGUUGGCGAUGAGGGCGCUCUGGCCUCUGUAGUUACAUGAGACAACAGUUCUUUGUGCAAAUGUUGACUGAAUUUGCCUCUGACUCGUCUCUGCACUUGACUGAAUUCGCCUCUUUGUGCAAUGUUGCUGCUGCAGGUGAGCAUUCAGGAAAAGAACAGUUGGCUGAACUUCAGGAAAAAGAUACACCGAAUCUUAGUAAGCGGAUACUCAUAGCCGAAUUCUUUUGGAUGCACAUAUAGUUUGUAUCGCAACUUAAAUAAUGACAGUAAAUAAACUCUCAAUUGCACUGUCCAGUAAUUGAAAAUAAAUUACACCUUUUCAGUUAAUUUAAAUUAACUGAAACCUUUUGUACUCCCAUGAUCAGUGUUACUGUACAGUAAUUAACACCGAAUUUGUAA